UGAACACUUAUUCUUGAUCAAUCAAUUUCCAUUUCCAAUCUCGUGCAUCACUUCUUCAUCCCUCCCGUUUUUCUUCCCGCCCGACAGUGACUCAUUGCUACCUCUAAUUAACACGCAGCGCGCAAACUUUGCGCAUAUUCCCCUUCUCUAUUUCUCAGGACCACGCGCCGCACCUCAACCAUCACCAUGACCGAGCCCGAGAACUUCGAGGACGAUCUCUUCGCCGAUCUCUACGACGAUAACGAUGCCCCAAAGCCCGCGCCUGCUGCCCCUGUUGCAGCUCCUGCAGCUCCCCCUGCCCCGGAGGUGCAGCCUCCUACUAACAACACCCACGACAACGACGACCACAAUGCAACAUACCAACAUCAAGACGUAGCAGGUGAUGAAUACAUGACUCAAGAUCAAGAUGACGACGACGACGAUGUUGAUUUCAAUCUUGGCGGAGGAGGAGGAGGCUAUGGCAGUCACACAGGUCAGGCUGGUAUGCAUGAUGACGAUCAAGCACCUCCCUACGGAACUGUUCACAAGGCAAGUGCCAAAGAAGAUGGGUAAGUCUAUAUCAUUCCUGCACUUUGUGAUUUCUACCCCCUUAAGUCCGCCCUGGAACAAAUUUCGCAUUUCACUGUGUCUUCGCGGCUUUGAAUCGUGAUGGCAACAUGGUUGCCAUGUAAUAGUGGCUCUCGAUUUAGCUUUGCAUGCAUCUUGGAAGGUGGCUGGCUAGAAAGGGUCGCGGUCAAAUUGAGAGAAGAAGGUUCUGUCAUCAGAGGCAUUAUACUGCAAAGAUUCAAACGGAGGAUUUGCCAUAAUCUCAGCCAAGAGCAAUGGGGACCAAGAGCUAUGACCAGUUGAGACGAGUUUUUUCGGCUACUCUCUAGAGCAAUGAGAGGAAGAGGAGGCUGUCGAUAUCAGCAUGGGAUUCAACCUGUGGAUACUCCCAAGAAGAAUCACCCGGCACUAGUCCAGACGAAAGACACUACUACUUGAGUCUUCCAUAGCCCUCAGUCGCAGAAAUCUUUGAGCCAACGGGAGUGUUGAACACUCCCUGGUGCCAUAGCGAGAUUCGCAGCGAAUAGCGCUCGAGGCCAGUACCUAGCAUGAGACAGAGGACAGUCAAGACGAUAGCACAAGACGAAAAAAUAUUCGACCAAG